AUGGGGGUACUCCCUGAAGAGCUGAUUGCUCGGGCGGCGGCUCGGGGGUAUGAACACGGUGCCUACGAAGAACGAGACAGCCAAGCGAACCUAGAGAAGUACGUCAACAACACCACAGCCAUGCAUGCCACAGUUCUCAAUCGCUAUGCAACCUGGUAUUGGCAAAGGGCUGUUGGGACUGCAGAGAAGUUGAAUGCUGCACCUCCUGAUUUUACCACUACUCGAGCCUUCGUCUUGCGAAAGAACGCGCCUGCUCCCAGUAUGACCGAAGUCAAGGACUUUUUCCGCUUUUAUAUCGCUUCAAGUUGCGGAGCAAGAAUCGGCGCACUAUUCGCAGGCAACGUUACGUACAAGAGGUUUGACCAAAGAUUUGUAAAGAACAAUCGCAACACUGAGAAUGACACGUUUGGGAGCUCAGCCCGGGACCACGAUGUCCUGCUGCUGUCUUUGGCCUUUGCAGACGACACCAUGUUCGGCUUUGACAGUCUGGAAAGUCUCUACGAGUUAGAGAUUCCAGAGGGCGACAAUGAGAUUAUUCUUCACUGGAACGAGGAUGUUCUCGAUCUUCCAAUUGUGCGGGGCAUUGCCCGAGACGGAACUGUCACAAGUAAACAGCUCACUGAGAGUUCGUUCCACCAGUCCUUUAAUAAGGCACUGAAAUUAGCGGGCUAUGUUGGGGUGUCCCCAUCGAUUCAUCAAAUCCGAUGCUAUCUUGGGAAGCAAGUCGACGGUAGGACAGCCCAUUAUUUCUUGCAGUAA